UCAAACGCCUGCGAAAUGCCAAAGUGGGUACAUCUCUGUCUGGUCGCAGUGUUGGUGGCCAUUGCCGGGUGCGCGGAAAUCGAUUGGUGGUCCCUGUACCAGAUCUAUCCGCGAUCCUUCCAGGUCAGCGAUGGCGACGGCAUCGGCAACCUGAAGGGCAUCACAUCGCGGUUGAGCUACCUAAAGGAGAUCGGCAUAACGGCCACAUGGCUGUCGCCCGUUUUCACAUCACCCAUGUCGGAUUUUGGGUACGACAUCUCGAACUUCUUCGACAUUGAUCCCAUCUCUGGAACACUCGAAGACUUCGAUGCCCUAAUUGUGGAAGCCAAGUCGCUGGGGGUGAAAAUCAUACAGGACUUUGUGCCCAAUCAUUCCAGCGAUGAGAAUGAAUGGUUCGACAAGUCGGUGAACCGUGUGGAUGGCUACGAUGACUUCUACGUGUGGCACGACGGCAAGGUGAAUGCGGAGACUGGUGAACGGGAGCCGCCCAGCAGCCUCAGUGGCGGUCCUCAGUGGACCUGGCACGAGACACGACAGCAGUAUUUCCUGCACCAGUUCCAGGUGAAGCAGCCGGACCUCAAUUUCACCAAUCUUAUGGUGCGCGAGCACAUGCUAGAUGUCCUUAAGUUCUGGCUGGAUCGGGGCGUCGAUGGAUUCCGCAUUGAUGCAGUUCCACACAUCUACGCGUACCGCAAUGCGGAUGGCUCCUAUUCUGACGAGCCUGUCAGUGGCUGGAGCAGUAAUCCGGAGGCGUACGACUACCAUGACCAUAUCUACACCAAGGAUCAGCCCGCUACUGUUGAGUUGAUGUACGAGUGGCGUGCCUUCCUGGACCAGUACCGAACGGAGAAUGGAGGUGAUUCCCGAGUUCUGCUGGCCGAAGCCUUCUUCUCUGUAGAAACGCUCAGUGCGUAUUUCGGAAAUGGCACCCACCUGGGCACCCAGCUGCCCAUGAACUUCCAACUGAUGUACCUCAGCGGCUACUGCACAGCGCGGGAUGUGGUGAGCGCCAUCGACUACUGGAUGAAUACCAUGUGGACGGAACAUCAGACAGCCAAUUGGGUGGUGGGCAACCACGACACCAAUCGGGUGGCCGACCGCAUGGGUGCCCAAAAGGUGGAUCUGCUGAACGUGAUCGUGAGUGCUCUUCCCGGUGCUUCGAUCACCUACUACGGCGAGGAGAUCGGCAUGUCCAAUGUGGAUGUGGAGUGCACCGGAGACUCGUGCGAAGAUCGAGAUGGGGAGCGCACACCCAUGCAGUUGACAGCGGGCCGAAAUGCCGACUUCUCCCAGAGCGAGAGCACCUGGCUGCCCCUCAAUCCCGACUAUGAGCGCUUCAAUGUGCAGACCGAACGGGGAGUGGCUCGAUCUUCUCUGAACAUCUUCAAGGGUAUGCAGGCGCUGAAGAUCAGCUCCGCAUUCCAAUCCUUCAAGCAGGAAGGCGGUUUCUCCUAUGAGGCAAUCAUAAAUCAAGACUUGCAGAUCAUACGUGAGGAAUAUCGCAUCCUGGUCAACAUGGGCAACGGCAUGGAAAUAAUCGAUAAGGUCUUUGAGUAUGUCCUCACCACUGCCUACUCCUCGCACCAUCUAGGGCAAACCGUUGAUCUCAGAGAACGCAUUUUGCUUAUGCCUUACGAAGCUGUCGUACUACGCUGGCUCGCCUGAUCUUGAACCACCACCAAUAAAUUAUAAUCUACUGAAAUGGAACGUUUCGUAUUUAUUUGUUCCUAAUCAGGUGUGCUUGGGGUCCCUCAUAAAGAUAAACAGUGCGGAAUCAAUCAGCCGGUGUCCACAUGGCUCUAGAAUUCGAUCAACACAUCAACAUGUACGUUGAGGGCACAUUACCCAAGGGAAUUUUAAACUAAACCACUUGAGAUCCGAAGAUAUGGCUUAAG